GCUGUUUCCAGCUAUGUAAUGUUUUUCGGUCCCAUGAGAUGGAAAUUGAGCAGUGCCUGCUGGAGUCCCUCCCUCUCGGCCAGCGGCAGCGGCUGGUGAAGCGGAUGCGCUGUGACCAAAUAAAGGCAUAUUAUGAACGAGAAAAAGCUUUCCAGAAACGGGAGGGCUACGCAAAAAAACUGAAACAUGGAAAGAAUCAUCGAGUUCAUUUUAAUCUUGCUGAUGUGAUACAGGAUGCAAUCAUACGUCGUGAUGAUAAAGAAGUGCUACGGCUAUUGAAGGAUGGUGCCGACCCUCAUAUGCUUGUUUCCUCAGGAGGCUCCUUGCUCCAUCUGUGUGCCCGCUACGAUAAUGCAUUUGCUGCAGAAAUUCUCAUUGACAGAGGAGUAAAUGUAAAUCAUCAAGAUGAAGAUUUUUGGACAUCAAUGCAUGUAGCCUGUGCCUGUGAUAAUCCUGAUAUUGUACUGCUACUGCUACUAGUAAGUAAAGCAAUCCAAUGCAUUGUGUGCUUGAAAAGGAAACAGAAU